GACGUCCUCCGACCACUGGGGGGCGCUGUCACAUGACGGCUUAUGACGUCUCAUUUCCGAUUUGUAAAGCAGAAGUACACAAAUAACGGCAUGUACCCGCGGCAGAUAUGAACCAUGAACGAUGAAUGCGUCGUUUACAGGCGGUAGAAGCUCAGCAGGCUCGGUGCUGCACAACAGAGAGGUCACAGGAGCAACAGGAGCAACAGGAGGUCAUCACAGCUGCAGUUUUGUACAAAAUGGAGAAGGAGGAGGAGGAAGCCCUUAGAAGACUGAUUUCUCGUGUCCGAAACAAACAGCAGCACCUCCAGUCCUCUGAGGAGGAGAGGAGCAGACACGAGCACAAAGGAGCCACAUGGAGGGAGUGGACCGGCUGUGAGAGAGAAGUUGUAGCAGGCGGGGACGAGUUUAGAGAUCAGAGAGAAUGUAACCUCCCUCUCUCACGAGAGACAGACCAAACCUCCCCCAAUCUCACAUGUCAAGGUCCUGAGGUCCAGUCCGUCCCCCCUCAACUCAUCUCAAUGCUGCGGCUCAAAACUUUCAAGGAGGAGAUGAGACGGGCUGCAGAGGUGGAGCUCCAUGAUCCCGCUGUCUGCAGUGUGUGUGAGCAGGAACAGGCUUCUCUGGCCUUGAAAAGUUUUAUCAGGAGGAAGAAGACACAACUGCGGUUCCAAGCACUGAAGGGCAGACUAAACACACACUUGAACUGUGGAGAAGAGUGCACACGUCGUGGGAGUUUGGGCAAAAUCUCCCAAAGCCCUUCGAUGCCCCGCACUGGAUUUGGGAGGAACUACUUGGUGGAGAUGUGCGGGUCACAGCAACCUGGGGUUGCCUUAGCAACCACUAAGGAACGUGGAGUUGCCCAGACAACAGAUGAAAUGAGGGGUUACCCUGACAAAAAAGCCACGGGAACUCAUUUAAAAAGACCUCGCUGUCCUUUUUCAGACAGAUAGCUGCAGACAUGAUGGGCACAGUAUUAAUACAAUGAAAAGGGACAAUGUUGUGGUGGAGUCAAACAUAUUCCUAUCUUUUUAUUUUGACACACGCGAUAAACCCACCCACUUGCCUAAUAAACACUAAUCCAUAUGCUGAUCCUCGGUUACCCUGCUCAGCUGUGUUUAUGUUCACACUAAUUAACAGAAACACGUUUAGCCUUUGUUUUGAGUGUAAAAAGAAAAAGAACAUGCUAACGAGGUUAAUACAAAACAGCUAUUUAUUUUCUUAUCACUGUAUUAAAGUUAAACACAUAACACUA